AUGUCUACGAUCACUGAUAUCCGGUUUCGAUUGAACACGGGCGCAGAGAUUCCAGCCCUUGGAUUAGGGACCUGGCAAUCCCCUCCAGGCCAGGUUCAAACGGCGGUUUACCAUGCGCUCAGGGUUGGAUACAGACAUAUUGAUGCGGCACUCUGCUACCAAAAUGAAGCAGAAGUUGGCGAGGGGAUAGGGCAGGCUCUCAAGGAAGGAAUAGUCAGGCGAGAAGAGAUAUUCGUCACAACGAAGCUGUGGAAUACGUAUCAUAGGAAGGUAAAAGAAGGCUUAGAAGCGAGCCUGAAGAAUCUAGGAUUGGACUACGUGGAUCUGCUUCUGAUGCACUGGCCUGCACCGAUGAAUCCGAACGGUAGGUCUUUCAGCCGUUUAUUUAUCUUCCAACUGAGCUCACCAGUGUCCUCAGGAAACCACCCCCUAUUCCCUACGCUUCCUGACGGUUCACGAGACAUUGACUGGUCACGCUCCCACAUCGACACCUACAAGGACAUGGAGAAGCUCCUCGGGUCGGGGAAAGUGAAGGCAAUUGGCGUGUCCAACUACAGCCUUCGUUACCUUCGAGAUCUAGUUUCCCAUGUCUCAGUUGUACCCGCGGUGAACCAGAUUGAGAACCACCCGCUGCUACCGCAACAGGAGAUUGUUGAUUUCUGCAAGGAGAAGGGGAUCAUUGUUACCGGAUUUAGUCCGUUAGGGAGUACAGGCGGCCCAUUGAUGGCGAGCGAGGCGGUGGUUGAAGUUGCGAAGAGAAAAGGCGUUUCGCCCUCGACGGUACUAUUGAGCUGGCACAAUGAAGCUGACAUGGCGACAAUCGCAAAAUUCACGGAAGAGUCGGUGGCGAAGAAUGGGUUCACGCGAUAUGUCUAUCCGCCAUUUGGGAUCGACUUUGGGUUCCCGGACAAGAGUGUGAAGAAGAAUUGA